CAAAUUGUGUAUCGUGAUUCUGCUGAAAGUUGUUGGAGGGUGGAUGUUGAUAUGUGUGGCUUUAUUCUAAGCCGCUUUGGAUUACUAUUCGCGGACUGGCAAAAUAUUAAAUGAAAAGUCCGAAUUGUGUCUGCAGUGUUCGGAUACGCCCAAAUAAAACAUAUUACUGAAGAAGUGCCCCUUCUUUAGAGACCCCUAAUAAAUCAGUUUCCCAUAUUGCAGAUGACUUAUUUUGAUUUGUGACAAAAAAUAAAUAGAGCGUUGAAAUGAUGAAUGAAAUAUGGCUUUCCUUUAUUCUUCAAUAUUGUGAAGUAAUGUAUCUUCCGUCACGAAAUACUGGCUUCAGUAUUCUAGUGAAUGCGAGCAAGUAUGUGGCAACAACUCUGUGACUUCCAUAUUAUGAAAUUAUCUAGUGUUAAGAGUAUAUUCUAUCAAACAACUCAAUGACAGUAAUGCUCCAGUCUUCAAAGGAAUAAAAGUUAGCGUUGCAGUUGAGCGGCAAGCGCUGCAACCUUCGUAGGUAUAUAACAAAGCCAUGUAACAGAACCUGGCCUCAUGCAACUAUGAAGGGUGUAGAGAUACGUAAGUUGUCUCCUGGAAAGGCAGAUAACACAUUAAAAUCUAUAUAAAUAGUUUAAAAUUUCCAAGAUGUGAUGUGCUAAAUAGUUAUGCACACAUUCCUCAUUUGUUGUUUUUUUUUAUUGAGUACCAGCCAUUAGAUUGACGAUCAGUCAGGAGUUGUAUGUCAACAAUGCCACGUCGUAAAAUACCUCAAACGUUGUAUAAACUGUGCUUGGAGGAAGCAGAAUUGUUAAUAGCAAAUUCUUGUCAGAAUAUUCAUGACAGAUAUGGAAAUUAUGAUGACGAAUUUUGCAGAAUUGCUGCCCAGGAGCUGCAGAGUUACUUACUGCUAAACAUUCCAGGCAUUUUACUGGAUGACAUAUGCGACCGCAGAAGGUUUUCAGCACACAGCAGACAGAAUUAUGAUCCACGAAUAAGUCUCUCCAUAUACAUACACAAAAAUAUGAGGAAAUUCUUCAUAAGUGAGACGUCUGAUGAGAAAAAAAUUGGAUCGGGUGACUCAUUCUGGGUAACACAGUUAAGCAAAUUACAGAACAUUGUGGUCCUGGACAUGCAUUUAGCGUGUACAGAUGAGAUAUUAGAAGUUGUGGGCAGAACUUGCUUGAAAUUGGAACAAAUCAAUAUUGUGUCAAAGUUGGAACCAGACAAAGGAAAAAUAAAUUCUUAUCCAUUUAAUGCAUUGAAACUAAAAUUCUUUGUGUCAGAUGAUGGUUUACAUCAUUUGAAAAACUGUAAACUUUUGAAAUACAUCACUAUGAACAAGAUAAUUCGUAGUCAUGUUGGUGGCAAAAUGAUGACACCUGCUGGUAUAAGAGGCCUCGUGAAGUCUCUUCCUCAGUUGCAAUCCAUUUCAUACAAUUACAUGGGUAUAGUUCUUGGUGAAGAAAUGGAUGACAUUGACUAUCUACCUCUUACCUGUAUCAGUGACUACAUUGCUGAUGUUAAACACACUCAAGCUAUUGCAAGGUUGUGUCUUAACUUGCAUCAUUUGUGCUUGGGGGUGCAAAGUGACAUUAUUGCUCCUGAGAUUCUAAAUACUUUAACAAACAGUAGUCUUCAAUUAGUUGUGCUUGAAUUAGACCAGUUCCCAUUUUGUGAUGAGAUGGUUCAAUUCUUGAUAGAAAAAGGAAAAGCUCUACAAAGCCUAAGGUUGCGAUCAGGAAAUAUUUUACACCCUAAGCAUGUACGCAUAAUUGGAGAGACUUGCCCAAAUUUAAAAAGCCUUUCACUUAGAGAGAAAGAUACAUGGAAAUAUUUAGGCAGAGAGUGUGAGAUGCCAAGCAGUUUUACACCAUGCAGUCAAGUGCUUUUCAGUAAUUUAGAAUGUCUUAAAAUUGAAGGUACUGACUGGAUACCGAAAGACAUCAUUCCUCUACUUCUGAUUAAUGCCAAACACAUAGAAAAGCUGUCCAUCUUUAAGAGAAACCAUUUUGAUCCAAUAGAGCCUAUUCUUUUCCAUGUUCUAAAAUAUAAUCCUCUUCAUCACCUGAAAAAAUUUUAUUUACUGUUAGGCUGUGAUAUAAAAAUGUGUACAGUUGUGUAUCUUGCUAAGAACUGCUUAAGCAUAAGAGAAUUAGCGUUUUCAAAAUAUGGCACUGAUGGAUCUGCAGAACUGAAAGAACUGAAUGAAGACAUCAAAAGAUUAAAUUUAGAUCUAAAAGUUUGUCCAUUUAAACUAGAGUGAUUUGUACAGGUGUAAUGUUAACUUUCAUGCUGUUUUUAACAUUCUUAUUGAAAAAAAAACAUUGUUUUUUCAACAACAAAAUCUCUACAUUACACCUACACGAUACAUAAAAGUUCUACUACUGUUGAUACAAAGAAGUUUCUUAUUGCUACCUCACACACACUCAUAUAAUUUUGUUUUGAUAAAAUGUCAUUGUAAUGUCAAAACUAAACCAUUUGCUCAACACAUUUUUGUUGGAAAUUUAGAACACUUCAUGGUUUAGACAAUUUAAAGCACCGUUCUUAUUACAAUGGCUUUGAUGGUUUACCAUUUGUUGAUCAUCUACGGUAUGUCUGGAUAUUUCAUCUGAGUGCAUAUUCAACUCAGACAUGCAAUUAAAAGAGAAGUACAUUUCCCCCACCCGGGAGACUGGAGUUAUGUUUCUGGGAGAAAUUAAUCAUGUAUAGUACCUAAAAACCCUGAGCUACAAUUAUUAUGACAGAACCGAAUUACAUCACGUUUCCACUGUAAUUACGUAUACAACUGUCAGAUGAAAUAAUAGUUUGAUGUUACAGCCAUUUUUGAUGUAAUGGUAUCUUUGUUCAAUUUUUUGCCGGUGUUCAUUUAUUGUGAAUCAGUCAUAUUGUAAAAUUAUAAAAAACUGACUCCAAAUGUUAAGGUACCAGUAUGCAUAAUAGAAUGACAGCGAAAACAGAUAUUGUUAAACCAGGAUAAUUUCACCUCUUGUCACAUACGUGUGGAACCUAUUUUUCUUUUUAAGCGGAGGCCAUUUUUAAAUCCAUCUGAAUAUUAAGAUGUCCAUUUGAAAAUUUGGAUUUUCUUAGAAGGAUCUGUAAAGUGCCACAAAAUACUAAUAACGUAAUGAAGAGGUAGUGAUAGAUUUUGUGAUUAGCUUGUAUUUGAUUAACAUUAACUGCCAUACCUUUAGUUUUCUCUCAUUAUCCUGUAUUUUCCUUUUGAUGGAGUGGUGUUUUUUCCUGGUUUAUUCUCACAACUGUAACAAUAGUAUCCUAAUUUUUGUAAAUACUUCAGUGUUAAAGGAGACACUCGCCAAGAAACGGAACUGUUGAGUUGUCUAUAGGCACACACACAAAAGGUGGAAAACUUGUUAGCUUUCAGAGUUAUCCUUUUUUGGUGAGUGGUCUCCUUUUAUCCUAAAGUAUUUAAAUUGUACAAGAAAUGUCCUACAAUAUUUGUACCUUCAUUUUUCUUUCAUUUUUUCCAUUCCAUGCACCCAUUCCAUUCCAAAGUGUGUUCUCUCAAGGUUAUUUAUUUUUGUGAUUGAUUUUUUUUACAUUCCUGAGAUUAUUGUAUUAUUAUUAUUAUUAUUAUUAUUAUUAUUAUAUUUUGAUGCAUGUAAUUGAAGAUUUAUGGGUGCUAUUCUAAUCAAGGAACACAUUAUGGUGUAAUUUACCACAGAGGGAACUAUAUUUCAUACUGUUGUACAGUAACUUAUAAAUGAAAAAGUAGUCAUGCAAGCACAAAUUAUAUUUAAACAUGUUUGUUUCAACAAACUGUUGAAAGAUGUUCGCUGUUUAUGUACCAACAAUCUAUUAUAACAUUUUGUUUUAAUUAGUGAAACUAAGUGUUUUUAAUAAAAAAUUAAAGCUAGUCAGAAAUAUUAACAACUGAUUAAACAAAGAAAUGUAGGUGCAGCUAUAUGAUAACCUAAUUCACUGAAAGGAAAUAAUUCUUAACCUCAUUUGUAACCUUUUCUCUAUUAUAUGCUCAGAACUAACUGAGAAUUGUGAUCAGUGAUGACCCCACAGAUCUCUCUUGCCAGACUUGUUGACUAUCCAUUGUGCGAAUAGCACUGGAUAGUACUAAAAGACUUACUAACUUGUUGCUAACGAAAUUCUACACACAACUUCGCUGAGUGUUAAGAGAUCCAAACUAUUUCAGUAAUUGUACCUUUGAUACCUAAACUGUUGUAAAACCAGUCAUCACUUCUAGUACUUCCUCUUCUCUUUCCUUUAAAUUCUGUAUUGAUCCAUUGUUCUAAAUCACUCAAUACUUGUAUCUGUGACAUUUCGAUAUGGCAUUCUUCCUUCGUUUUUCUUGUGAAAUACUUGAGAAGUCACCAUUUAUAUGAUUAUUUAGGUCCAUUAUGUUCUGGCAUUCAGUUUUGGACAGUACAACCACUUUCAGGUGGAAUAAGCGAUAGUGAUUUCUUUAUAUUUACUGUAUUGUAUUGGAGCAUGCUUUCCCAUCUUCUUCCAGAUGUCUUCCUGUACAUUUUCACUAUCAUUAAAUGGUCUUCUUUCUCUCCUUAUGUUUCUAUUUUACUUAUGUCAGAGGCUUUCAGGGGGUUUUGCUCUCUCCUCUUCCCCUUAAUUUUCCUUUUUAGUAAAGCAUUUCUUAAUGCUUGAUGAAAACCAAGAGUUAACGGAAAUGAGUCUGUGAUUGUUGAAUACCUUUCUUUGCAUUUCAAAUAGGAACUAUGAUGCUUGUUUGUUUAGGGGUAGUGUUAAAUUAUAUUGUGUAGAACCUGCAGAAACAAUUCAUGGUAGAGUAUGCCCUGAAACUGGACAAAUGUGAUAGAUAUGACUGUACUUUUGAAAAAAAGCAUCUUUAUUUGCUGCAAUAAUUUCCUUGUGUGAUUUAUUCCAAGAGUUGUUGUCAACUUUUUGCAAUGAACUGCCGUGGUAAGUGUUAGGAAAUUUUAUUAUGUGUAACUUUUUAUGAGUUAUUGAUUCACAUAAGAUAGACUAGGAGGAGGAGCAUGUUGUUUUGCAGACAUUGUAAAGGAAAAAGGUUUUGGCUGUUAUCAGUCACAUUAAGUGGUGAAAACUGUGCUUUGAAACAAAAUGUUUUGAAUGUUAGGGAAGGCAGAAGAGAAUAUAAUUAGGAUUUGUGUGUUUUAGAGUAUGAAAAAGAUCCAUUUUUCUUGUAAAGAAAAAACUAGCAUCCCACCCCCUCCUCUCUCUCUCUCUCCCUCCAUCCCUCCCUCCCACUCCCCCC